CAAACACCAGCAACGAGCGGAGCCCAAUUCUUUUGUUUUCUCUGAGGAAAAGAAGAAAAAUGAGUGCUCCGAAGAAUCGAACCUUUCAGAUAGAGGCGUUUAAGUUUAAGCAUCAGGUCGGAGUGGAUCCAAAAUACGCAGAGAAGACGUGGAAUAUUCUGGAACAUGCAAUUCAUGAAAUUUAUAACCAUAACGCCAGUGGCAACAAUUUUGAAGAGCUCUAUGUGAAUGCUUACAAUAUGGUGCUGCACAAAUUUGGAGAGAAAUUGUACUCUGGACUUGUGACAACCAUAACUUUUCAUUUAAAGGAGAUGUCUAGUUCAAUUGAAGCUGCUCAAGAAGGGUUGUUUUUGGAAGAGCUGAACAGCAAAUGGGAAGAUCAUAACAAGGCCUUGCAAAUGAUCCGAGAUAUAUUUAUGUACAUGGAUAGGACAUUCAUUCCAUCUACCCACAAAACACCAGUUCAUGAGCUUGGGUUGAAUCUGUGGAGGGAUGUUGUCAUCCACUCCAGCAAAAUCCAGACUAGGCUUCAGGAUACACUUCUUGAACUCAUACAGAGAGAAAGGGAUGGUGAAGUCAUAAAUAGGGAGUUGAUGAGGAACAUCACAAAGAUGCUAAUGGAUCUAGGCUCUUCUGUUUACCAAAAUGACUUUGAGAAGCAAUUUCUUGAGUCAUCAGCUCACUUUUACCGCCUUGAGUCUCAAAAGUUCAUUCAGUCUUGUGAUUGCAUGGAGUAUCUAAAGGAAGCCGAAAGAUAUCUGAAUGAAGAAAAAGAGAGAGUCUCUCACUAUUUGGAUGCCAAAACUGAAGUCAAAAUAACUAAUGUGGUAGAAAAGGAGUUGAUAGAAUCCCACAUGGUGAGACUGGUCCACAUGGAGAACUCAGGCCUAGUUAAUAUGAUUGUAGAUGACAAAUAUGAGGAUUUGGGAAGGAUGUAUUCCUUGUUUCAUCGGGUACCUAAUGGAUUUGCUUUAAUCAGGGACGUUAUGACUUCAUACAUACAACAAACUGGUCAGCAGCUGGUUGCAGAGGAUCCUGAAGAUUUUGUGGAACGUCUCCUGGAUUUGAAGGACAAAUAUGACAAGAUAAUUGGUUUGGCAUUUAGCAACGAUGAGACUUUCCAAAAUGCUUUCAAUUCCUCUUUUGAGUACUUCAUUGAUUUGAAUGCUCGCUCUCCUUAGUCCUUAAUAUAUUCCUUUGUUUGUGAAUAACAAACAAAGAAAGGAUGUUAAGGGAAUUAUGUUGUAUCUGAGAUUGCUAAUGUUGUGCCUGUUUGUGAUUGUGAGAUAUUGUAUUGUGGACAAUCUUAAUGU